GUUUAUUAAUUCUUGAACAUUCUCAUUAUCCACUUCAACAUAUCCUCGGUGAUUUACACCUCACUCAAUCAAAUGUAUCAUUUCUUGAAACAAUGUUUGAUUUCAUCACUGUAUCAGAAGAUGUUAGUGGAUUACGUUUGAAUGGUGUCAACUUACAAGAAGCGCCUUUAAGUGACUCAUAUGAAAUGGCUAAAUUUGACUUCUUGUUGACAUUUUUAUAUAAUUCAUCAUCCGAUGACAAUCAAUUAUCUUCCUCUUUUGUUUGUUCAAGUGAUUUAUUUGGGGAAAGAACAGUUUUAACCUUAUCUCAAAGAUUUAAAUAUCUUUGUGAACAAAUUUUUUCAUCAACUUCGAUGGAAAAACCCGUCGAUAAAUGUUUAACAGCUAUAUCACGACUUGAUCUUAUUUUAUCAAAUGAAAUGAAAGAGAUGCAAGAUGUUGUGUUUUGCCGACAAACAAAUAUUGAAAACCAAGCACCAGCAUCAUUUGCACAAGUUCAUCUGUUACUUGGUGAACAAACUCAUUUCGAUACUAAUACACCACAUAUGAUGAAUUACAACAUGCCCUUUAUUUAUUGUCUUCAUACCGAACAUACAUUAUCAGUGAAGAAACUUUGGCACGCUCUUCAACUAGUCGUAAUAAAGCAUCAAUCACUUCAGACAUCAUUUAUCUUUGAUAUCGAAAAGAAUCUAUUUAUGCAACAAGUUAUUAGUUUGAAUGAUAAUAACAACAAACAAUUUAGCUUUAUCGAAAGUACUUAUGAAUCAGAGGAACAACUCAAUGAUAUCAUCGAAAAUGAGAAAUGUAAUCCUCAACUUUUCAACCUAUCUCAAGCUCAUGUUUUUCGAUGUCAUCUUAUUUAUCACCAACGAAUCUCUUCUAAUAAUUGUCUUUCUGAUAAAGAUAUAAUCAUGUUUAAUUUUCAUCAUGCUAUAUUCGAUCUUCCAUCGAUGCAUAUGUUUCUUUAUGAUCUUAAUCAAGCAUAUACAACAGGCCAAUUACCUUUCAUUGAUGGCAACACUACCUUACGUUAUCUUGAUUAUGCUGCCAUCGAACAACAAAUGUCCAUGACUGGUGCAACUAUGUUUUGGCUUGAUAAUCUUCAUGAUUGUCAUCUCGAUCAAUCUUUGUCAUUACCAUAUGAUCGAUAUCGUCUAAUGAAUGAACAUCCAACUAAUCGGGCAACAUCUAUCUCUUUUGAUUUUGGCCCAGAUCUUUCUCAUCAUUUUCUUCUUUAUGCAUCAUCAAACAAUAUCAAACAUGAACAUCUAGCACUUGCUACUUACUUCAUUUUCUUAUUUAAAUUAUCGAAUGGUGUAAAAGAUUUAUGUAUCUCAAUGAAUAUCGAUAAUCGUUAUAGAGAUGAACUAAAAUCUAUAAUUGGACUGUUUGAGAAUAUCAUUCCAUUACGAUGUCAAUUAGAUCCUCAUUGGUCUUUUCAUCAACUACUCAAUCAUGUUCAAGAGAUAACAACAAAUAGUAUGAAAUAUUCAUAUUUUCCUCUUCGACGUAUUCUCAAUCAACAUCCAAACGUUUCAAAACCAACGUUUCUAGAUGUAUCAUUUCAAUUUCUAUCAUAUACGACAAAAACUGAUAAUAAACUAAUAAUGAUUGGUGAUAGUCAACUUUCUUCCACACUUUCCACAAUCAACAUUAAUGAUUUCUCACUUAUAAUCCAACAUGAUAUCCAUAUCAAUGAACUAUCAUGCACAAUCAAUGCAUCACUUGAUUUAUUCAAUGUAGAAACAAUUGAUAACAUAUCUCAACGAUUUCAUUCAAUCUUGAAACAGUUAUUUAUAUCUAUUGAUAAUCAAAUGAAUAAAUCAAUCUAUGAAAUAUCAUUCACAUUGCCAAAUGAAAGAUUACUCAUGCAAUUAGCGAAUAAUACACAAGUAUCAUUUUCAUCUCCUGUCACUUGUAUUCAUCAUGAAUUUGUUUAUCAAGUAAUGAAACAUCCACAAAAACUAGCUGUUGAACUUGAUGAACAAUCAUUAACAUAUUGUGAACUUCUAUAUUAUGUACAAAUAGUAUCUUUAACUCUUCUUAAUGAAUAUCAUGUGUUUCCAGGUGAAGUCGUGUGUCAGUGUGUUGAGCGAAGUUUGUCAAUGGUGAUUGGUAUAAUGGGAAUAGAAAUGGCUGGUGGCGUUUAUUGUCCAUUAUCACCUCGAGAUCCACAACAUCGCUUGCAUGCACUCAUACAACAAACUCAAAGUCGUCUUGUUCUCAUUCAUCAUUUAACUACGAAAAAAUUCGAACAUGAUCUUGUUGCGCUUGGUAUUGAUUCAGUAUUAAAUAUGAAUAAUAUGGAUAGUGACAUGAAUUAUAAUUGUUUUUCAAGUGUGAUCGUGAAAAGCGAAAAGAUAGCGUACAUUAUUUUCACUAGUGGUUCAACUGGAACACCCAAAGCGGUUCAAGUUCGACAUAAGAACUUUAUUAAUUCUAUGCAUUCUUUGGCUUAUAUUAACUCAUUUAAUAAAAACAACACAGUUGUACAAAUGACACGAUGUUCAUUUGAUAUUCAUGUUCAAGAAAUAUUUGGUGCAAUAUUGUUCGGUUGUACAGUGAUUAUGCUUCAUCCAGGUGGAAUGACUGAUUUUCAUUAUUUAUCCGAUGUCUUACAGAAUAAACAGAUCACAUAUCUAAGCACUGUUCCAAGUCUCUUGCAUAGUUUUUUCAUGUUUAUCGAGCAGAGCAAGGUAAUACAUGCUGCGAAAUAUCUUCGAUCGCUUUGCAGCGGUGGUGGAUCUUUUUCUGUUCCUUUAAUCGAUUUAAUUGUCAAAAUCGGUAUAAAGAACUAUAUUAUAUGGAAUUUAUAUGGUCCAGCUGAAACAACUAUAACUUGUACAGCUCAUCGUGUGAACGUCAGAAAUUCUACACAGAGUAUUUCAAUUGGUAGAUCACUUUCAAAUUACCGAUGUAUGAUUAUGAAUGAAUAUUUACAAUCAUCUGUUAGCGGUCAAGAAGGUGAACUGUUAAUAGGAGGUAUUGGUGUGUUUGCUGGUUAUCUUGGUCGUGAUGACUUAACAGCAAAAGCUCUUGUUGAAAUAGAUCAUGAAUUAUUUUAUCGAACAGGUGAUCUUGUUAGAAUGGGUAACGAUGGUCUUCUGCAUUAUCAAGGAAGAAAAGAUCAUCAAAUCAAACUUAAUGGACAAAGAAUUGAACUUGGUGAGAUAGAACGAUGUUUACUCAACAUUACAUCUAUAUCUGCUUGUGUUGUUAUGAAAUGGGAUGAUGAUUAUUUAGUUGCUUAUGUUCAAGGCUCUAACAUUAAUGAACAGAAACUGCAUGAACAUUGUCAAGCUCAUCUUCCACCACAUAUGAUUCCAUCUUUCUUUAUUAUACUUGAUAAAUUACCUUUGAAUCAAAAUGGAAAAAUAGAUCGAAAACUUCUCCCACCACCUAAUUUUUCAUCAAUGCAUCUCACAAAUCGUGAUAAACUAUUGUUACCAAUGAAUGAAAUUGAAAUCAUCAUUCAUCAUAUUUGGUGCAAUUUAUUCAAACAAAAUCAAAUCUCAACUAAUACAAAUAUCUUCAUUCUUGGCGGUCAUUCAGUAGUUAUGAUGCAACUCUUCCACCGAUAUAAAAUACAAUUUCAUCUUGAAACAGAUACUCUUGCUAUCGGUGAUCUUUUUCAACAUCCAACAAUUAUCGAUCAUGCUCAACUCAUUUAUCAAACUAUGAAUGUGAAAGAGAAUAUCAAUGAAUAUAACUGGUCUUCGUUACAUAUCAUGAAAGCUAAAGCAUCAUUUGCUCAAGAACGUAUUUUCUUAGAUGAACAAAUUCGAUUUUCAUCAACAGAUAAUAAUACUAACAACAUGUAUGUUAUUCCAUUAAUCUAUCGUGUUCCAUCUAUGCAUGAUCAUAUAUCUAUUUCACGAUUACAACAUGCAUUUCAAUCAAUUAUAAGAAAACAUCAAAUUCUUCGAACAGCACUCUAUCUUGAUGCACAUGGUACUAUUAUUCAACAUUGUUUAGAUACAAAUGCUAUUAUCAAUGAUAAGAAAUUUUCUAGAUUUUCGAUAAUUAAUCUUUUCGAUGAAGAACAUGAACAGAAUGAAACUGUAAAGAAGAUUUUAAAUCAAGCUGAUUUAUUUGAUUUAUCAAUAGGACAUGUUAUUAACUGUCAUAUUCUUCGUCGACAUCAAUCAAAUCAUUCAUUCAUUCACAAUAAUGAUGAUCUAUUGACUACAGAUGAUCUGAUAUUAUUUACCAUUCAUCAUGCAAUGUUUGAUGGAGCAUCAGUAUCAAUCUUCAUUCGUGAUCUUUCUCUUGCUUAUCAGUCUGAUGACUCUUUGUCUAUGGAUGAAAAUACAUUGAAAUACAUGGAUUAUUCUGUUCAUGAACAUAUCAUGGAUAUGACACUAUCUCAACAGUUUUGGCAAUUAGAACUCAAAGGUUACAAUCUCACGCGCCAGUUAUCACUACCAGCUGAUCGGCAACGUUCAUCAACUAAUCAACAACGAUCAGGCUUAGCAUCCACAGC